UUAUCCUAUUCGUUAGAUCAUCUGUCAGUUACGUCCGACCUAAGUACUUUUUCCUUUCACGAAUUGCACUUUCUAGAAUCCUUGAAAUUAGCCGUAAAGAACGAUAUGGCGGAAGACUGCAGCCCAGAUUUUAGCAGACCACAGAUGUAUUUAUUUGGCUGUGAGCUGAAGCCAGACAAGAAGGAAUACAAAGUCGAAGUGGACGACGAUGAAGCGGAGCACCAGCUGUCACUCAAAGCGGUGUGCUUGGGGGCGGAGGCCGAAGACAAGUUUCACACGGUGGAGAUUGAGGGCAUGACUUACGACGGCAAGAUGUCCAAAGUCCAGCUGGCCGUGCUGAAGCCAUCUGUACUCCCCUCUAUGAGUUUGGGAGGCUUCGAGAUCACACCACCAAUCACAUUCCGUCUCAAGUCUGGAUCUGGUCCGGUCUUCAUCAGCGGCCAACAUUUUGUCAGCGUGAAGGAUUCUGAUGACGAAGAGGAGGAUGAGGAGGAAGAAAACAACACAUCACCCUUGAAGAGGCCAUCAAACUCAACCUCGGGGAAGGCUCCCUUGCCGAAGAAACUGAAAAUGGUAAAGUCGGAUGAAGAAGAAGACGACGAUGAUGAUGACGACGAUGAUGAUGAGGAUGAUGACGACGAUGAUGAAGAUGAUGAAGACGACGACGAAGAAGAAGAAUCUGGGAAAACGCCAAAAACCACCUUGGUCAAAAUUCAAAAAAAGAGCGACAGUGCCCCAGAGAAGAAGUCUAAAGGCCCGUCCCGGGAGAACGGCUCGCCAGGGAAGUCGGGCGUCCCGACAGGAAAGCCCCAGGCUAAGGUAGCAGGAGGGGGCAAAGACAAGUCUGGAGCUGGUGCAUUCCCUAAACCACUCACAGUGAGCGACUUCAAGAGCAAACUAAGCACCCUUGCCAAGGAGGGAAAAGCUCUUCCAAAAACGGAACAGAAGUUUGAGAAUUUUGCCAGAAAUUGUUUCAAGAUCCCGGAUAAAAAUGUCAUCAAACAACUUUGGACCUUUGUGCAGACCUUGAGAAAAAGUAACUAACUGGAGAGUUUACGGUCAAAAUGUAAUUUUAAAUCCUGUUUCAUUUAAAUUUUUUAUUUUAUUAUUUUUUAAAUUCUGUACCUGCUAUGUCCCCUCUGAGUUGUGUUUUGAUAGAGUUCUGGACUAUGGUGACGCUGGAUUCCAGGUUGAAUGCCUUGACCAUCUCUCCUUCCACCUUUUUACUUACCGUGUGCUCAGCGAAACGGACGACGUUAGGCUAAUUGCUUCUCACCGCUCAAAAGAUUUCCCGUCCUGAGGUUUAACGGUAAACGGUUUAAACUUAACGUUCAGUCAUGCAAAAGUGCCGUGAAGUACCGGCCACUUAAGGAUACGAAAUAAGUGUUCUGUGCAGCUCGCCUUUCAAAUCCCAAGCUUUGCAAGUCAGUCCUAGUGGUCAAAUGAACCAGUUAUCAUUUAGUUAUCAUUUAAUCUAGUAUAAAUGAAUCCACCGUUGCCAUACAUAACUUGAUUAUAGUUUUGUAGAUUGGGGUAACCUGCACACCGAAGCUGUGAUAAAACAUCACAGGAGCGUGAUCGUUUUUUUUUUAAAAAGCAGAGGUAUGUCCACGCAUGCCUUCGGAGCUGCGUUUUCUCGUUUUGGUUUGAUUUUCUCGUGGUUCGCGAUCGAAAUCUCGUCGGCCGCGGUGUAGUUCUUCGGUCCGGAGCCGGUCUUAAUCUUGCACUAUCUUCACCGAGGCUUCCGCGCGACCUUCGGAAGGCAGAGACGUUUGUGUAAAUUGUAAAUAAUGUGUCAACGCUGAAUGUGUAUAUUUCUGAGCGUUGUCCGUGCUCCGCAAAGGCAGCUUUAGCGUGGAGAAAGGGGAUAAACCUGAGUAAUUGUCCGAUACCUGAGGCGGUUAUGUGGAAAUAGAUCCCCCCCGUAUUUCUUCUGUAGUCCUUCACUGACAGCUGCAAAGGAGGCCGUGCUCAUUCUGUCAGGUUUUCACAUUAUCGUAUCGUUUGAAACUUUCAGUCAGCGCACACUUUAAUACUUUAUAGGACACGAGAACCGUUUUCAAAAGAAUUUAAAAAAAAGAAAAAGAGAGUCGAUGUGUGAACAAGCAUCGAGUGCGUUGGUUAAUUGAAAAGCGAGUGUUUUCCUUUAAGUCUUAAUGUCAAAGAGACAUGUUAAUUUCACAUGAGGCCGAUUGAUUUCUAUCUGAUGUCGAAAGCCAGCGGCAUGGCACUUUCCCCACCUUUCAUACAUUACGGUCCUUUUUUUUUUCUUUUCCUGUUUUUCCUGUGUUAAUAUGCUAUUCUCAUAUUGUUAUAAUGUUAACUUUGUGUUGUGCGCCAUACAAAAAGGCAAAUGGUAGAUGCUUUUUUAGUUGCUUUUACUUUUCGGAAGCUCUAAAUUUGAAAUUAAGUAAAUUUCUUUUGAAAUUAGAUUUUGUCGCUUAAUUUGUGUGAUCAUUUGGGGGCUAGCCACGUGAUUUAUGGCAUUAUUAGUUGAAGAACGUGAAUGUGAAUGCAGAAUAAUUGUCGUUUAUUUCCCACGCAGUGAAAAGCAUUUAGCAUAAAUGACGCUACUUGUGCACUGCUCGCAUUGUGUACGCCGAGAACAGAAUGUGUCCGUCUCCAGAUUUACGUCCGUUGAUUCGGGGGUUCAACAGGGUUUGACGAGCCGUCAGCGAUCCAGAAUGGAGCAGGUUUGUCCUGGUAAAUCCACAAUCCGCUUUGAAGCGCUCACGUCGUCGACCCGUUUGCAUAUCAUCGUGAAUUAAGAAAAUCCGAUCCUUCUCAAACCGUCCGUGUUGUACACGAUUCGGCACUUACACCAUUUUUUUUUCGUUUUGGUAUUAUCGAGUGCGUGCCUAACGCUGUAACUUUGGCUUCAAAGUUUUGCCACCGGUCUCAUGUAUGACUGAUGCCUAACACAGUACAUGUGCAAGGGGAGGUAGGGUUGUUAAAGUGCACGACGUCGGCCUCUGCACUGACGAGAGGAGACCUCGUACCCUCUGGGCGUCUUUAAAAACCGCAGGAGGUGAACUCUCACUGCGUGUCGGUCAGGUCAGCGGGAAGCUAUAAAACCGCCCCCUAAUACGCGUUUGCCCAAUAGGGAUGAAUGCACCACUUUCCACUGUCGAGGUGAAACCAGGUUGACCCGUUUGCAGCCUCUAUUUGGUGGUGUACAGGCCGGUCCAUUAUGACCCCUGGAACAGAGCUGUACAGUGAGGGAGGGCUAUAACAGGUCAGCCUGGUUUCUGUUCUGUAGUGGAAAAAGGGCCAUAAUUAUCCAGGACGGUUCCAGGUUUGCAGUAGAGGGGGCCAUAAUCGAAGUGCAAGGCCACGUUCUUAACAGGAAAGGUGAAAACCGCUGACAUUUUUCACCUACCAUACUGUUUUCAAAGAAAUUCUUGUGUUCUGGUGGACCAUGGUUCAAAUUAUCAGUCUUGUUCUUUUCUUGACUUUUUCCCGAAUUAAAAAGGAAAGUUGUCGAAA